CCUGCCACAAAGAGCGAGAGAAGCCUAUCAGCAAAAAGAGGCACACACUGUCUGAGUGAAAAAACAGAAAGAAGCAUCCAUGGCGGCCACGAGAGCGAUAGCCAUAGCCAGCAACACGACUUGCUCUCUGAUUACAAAGAAGCCCUUUGUGGGUGCGACUUCUCUUUGCUUCAACAACCUCAAGUUCUCUAGGACUAGGAGGUCUUACACUUGCAGGGCUAUCUAUAACCCUCAAGUUGUGGUCAAGGAAGAAGGUCAACCAGAAACCCUCGAUUACAGAGUUUUCUUUGUUGACAAAUCUGGCAAGAAGGUUUCACCCUGGCAUGAUAUUCCAUUGCGGUUAGGUGAUGAUGUAUUCAGCUUCAUUGUUGAAAUUCCUAAAGAAUCCAGUGCCAAGAUGGAGGUUGCCACUGAUGAGCCUUUCACUCCCAUAAAACAGGAUAUAAAAAAGGGGAAGCUUCGAUACUAUCCCUAUAACAUACAUUGGAACUAUGGAUUACUUCCUCAAACAUGGGAAGAUCCAUCUUUUGCAAACUCUGAAGUUGAAGGAGCAUUGGGAGAUAAUGAUCCAGUUGAUGUGGUUGAGAUUGGCGAAACCAGGAGGAAAAUAGGUGAGGUUCUCAAGGUCAAACCCUUGGGUGCAUUAGCCAUGAUCGAUGAAGGAGAACUUGAUUGGAAAAUAGUAGCAAUUUCAUUAGAUGAUCCGAAGGCUUCACUUGUGAAUGAUGUUAAUGAUGUUGAGAAGCAUUUCCCUGGAACUCUAACUGCAAUUAGGGACUGGUUCAGAGACUACAAGAUACCCGAUGGAAAGCCUGCUAAUAAAUUUGGACUUGGGAACCAAGCAGCAAAUAAGGAUUAUGCGCUGAAGGUCAUCACAGAGACCAAUGAGUCAUGGAAUAAACUUAUCAAGAGAUCCAUUCCUGCAGGAGAGUUAUCACUUGUGUAGAUGUAUUGGCGGGGUUUAUGUUCAUGCCACUGCUUGAAUUUUCUACAAUUCUAUUUAUGACGUAGCACAUUCUUCUAUUGAGCUUUCCGGUUAUCUCUUUGACAUAAUGCCCAUUUGGCCAGGCGGUAGUUCAAUAUAUCCAUAUUGCUUAUGUAUUGUGCAUUUUAUUUGGGCUUUCUUUAUUCAUAUUUCAUUCUAAUGAGAAAAAUCUUGAAUACAACUCGAAUAUCUUUGCUUCAUCUUAUAAGCAAUUAUUUCUU